AGUAUUCUCUGCAUUAGUAUGUUCCUACUCUGUACAAAAAGCUUGUUGUUUAUUUCUUUUUAGAUUUUGUCGACAGAUUUUUUCUUAGAUCCUUAUAUCCUUUAGAACGUCGCAACGUACAUUAUUGCCUACGAUUUUACGGGAUUACAAGAAUCGCCAUGGUUCAGGCAAGUGAAGAAACUGAGGUGCCAGAUUUAAUUCAAGCUGUAAAAUUGUUUAAAGAAAUGAACAUGAAUGUACAACAAGUAUCAACGCUUGUUGAUAGUAUGUUAACUCGAGUAAAAAAUGGUGAAAUGACAACAGAUAAAGGAUUGAGUUUUCUAGAGAUGAAAUAUCAAAUGCUUCUAAGUUACUUGAUUAAUUUGACUUACAUUAUUUUAAGAAAAUGCUCUGGGGAAAAAAUUGAAUCAGAUCCCUCUGUAGAUAGACUUAUAGAGAUAAGAACGGUACUUGAGAAGAUUCGUCCUAUAGAUUCUAAACUUAAAUAUCAAAUAGACAAACUUGUUAAAACUGCAGUUACUGGAGCUACUUCUGAAAAUGACCCACAGUCCUAUCAUGCCAAUCCUGCUAAUUUGGUAAGUAAAAUUGAAAAUAGUGAUGAUGAAUCUAGUGAAGAGUCUGAUACUGGGGACAAAACAAAGAAUAGCAAAAGUAAUGUUUAUGUACCUCCAAAAUUGGCAGCUGUACAUUAUGAUGAAAGUAUUUCUAAAGCAGAUAAUGAGAAGAAGAAAGAAAAUGCUAGAAAACAGUUCUUAAACUCUAGUGUCAUGAGAGAACUACGAGAAGAAUAUUCUGAAGCACCAGUUGAGGUGAGUACAGGGAACCAUGUUAAACAUUCAGUAUCUAAAUAUGAACAGGAGAGGACUGACUAUGAAGAAAAUUAUCUCACACGUCUCCCUGUGACAAAGGCAGAUAAAAAUCGUAGGAAAAAAUUAACAACUGUUGGUAUGUUGGCUGAUGAAGUUACAGGAAAAAGGAUUAUGCCUAAGAAACAUAAAUUAAAAACAAAAAAAGGCAAAGGUUUUAAAAGAAGGAAAACACAUUAAUAUUUAAUCUAAAAACUGUUGCAGAUUAGACCUGUACCUACUCAAAUAAAUGUAUUAUUGAAUGGACAUAUUAUAUAAAUGAAACAAAAUAACACACUAUAUUUUUUAUAAUUUUAAUUUAUUACAAUAUGUAGUUCAUGUAUAAAACUAAAGUUCAUUUUGCAUUCAAAUAACUUGAUUUUUAAAUUCAGUUCUUGUGAACUUUCAAAUAUAGCAUACACAGGCAUACUAAAAAUAUAUAUAGAGGUAUCAAACAAGUAUCAACUGAGAAUUUAUUAUUCUUUUUUUAAUCACAACUUAGAGGAAUGAAACACUAAUAAAUAAGUAAAGUUAAAUAUAAUAAAUGACAAAUGAAUAAAAUGUUGGCAUAUGUAUAGACACCAUAAACAUUUAUUGAAUUAGGCGUUACUUUGCGGAAAUCCAUGAUUAUACAAAUUAUUUAAGUUUUCUUCAGUGUUAAUUCCGCCAAUAUUUGUCUUUAAAACAAUUCGACACGUGUUUCGCCUCUACACGAGGCAUCCUCAGGACGUGUUGUCUCGCCAAAAUCUGGCACAAGACUAGAUUAGAGUCUCGUGCCAGAUUUUGGCGAGUGUUGUUUUAAAGACAAAUAUUGGCGGAAUUAACACUGAAGAAAACUUAAAUAAUUUGUAUAACCAUAAACAUUGUUAAAUUUUACAUUCCUUUUAAAUUAAUAGUUGAAAAACACACUUUGUUAUCAAAAACCAAACUAAAAACAAUAGAUGAAAAUUAUAUAAAUUAAUUAACAAAAAUAUUAUUUUGCAAAUUGAAAAAUAUAAUAAUUUUUUACAAAAUAAUCUUUUGUCAUUGGUCCAGCAAAUUCAUAGAUUAUGAAGUUUUAACAAAAUCUGGCCGUUAAUUGUGGGUCAAAUUGUGCCCAAAUGAGUCUGUUACAAACAAAAAUACGUACAGUUGAAGCUAAUAAAAAGUGUGUAAAAAUGUUUCAUACUUAAUAAAAUACAGGGUACACAUAGAUAUUGCAUUAAUUUACUCCUAAGUGUUUUCUGAAGAUUUAAUUAAACUAGUCCAAGUGUAGCAUUUGCUUUGGGGAAUAUGUUGAAUACAAACAAUUUUUUAAUUGUUUAAAUAUACUGACCAUUUGGAUGAAGAUGGCUGUGCUCAAACAUUUUCAUAGGUGCAUAGACCAAUGAUAAUGUUAUUUUCUCUAAUUCUUGAUUCUGACUUAGGGCAUGUGAGUGGAUAUGUAACAGCCAUCUCAAGUAAAUAGCUAGUUUUAAAACUAUAUUGUGAAAAGGUUUUUUUUAAUGGCUCAGUGUAAAAAGGUUAAUAUAAUAAAGUAAUAAUUAAAAUUAAAUAAAUUAAGUAAUAAUUAUUACUUAAUAAUAAAUAGACUUCUCACAAUGAUAUAGUUACAUGAGAUUGAUUGAUAGAUACUCAGUAUUUACUCAAUCUUGCAUAUGUGUAAGAAAAAAAGUGAGAAAGGGUAUUUUUUGCAGCACUUUCAUAGUAAUAUAGCAUGUCUUGUUUAUGUACAUAAAAUAUAUGAUUGAUUAAAUUUUCACAAAGUUUAUUUGAUUCAUAUUAUAUGACUAAUUAAUGAUACAUUAUAGUAUACAAAUUAUUGUACCUUAACAAGCAGCUAUGUAAAAUUGUCAGUUGUUUAUCAAAAACUAUAAUAAAUUAGCUAGCAGAUAUGCCAGGUGUUGUCCUCAAUCCAAAACGAAAUUGAUGAUAAUAGGAGUUCAGGUGCAGUUGGUAAAAUCCAGAUAAAUUUUGUAUUUCUUUUCAUUUUUUUUUCCAAGUAGUGAGUCCAGUAACAGCACGAGUUACUGGACCCCAAAAAACAUUUUCAAAAUUAGCUUUGUCAUAAAAAAUACAUGUACGGAUGUAUUAUAUUAAUUUAAUAUAGAUUUGUUAGCUAUACCAGUCUAUUAUUACAGAUCUUGGUCUAUCAAAAUGUUUAUCAAAAAAUAUGCAGAAAAUUAUGACAACAGUUUGUAUUUUAUUAUUCAUAGCUAUAAUUGCCUUGCCCUUUGGCCUAAUAUGCAAAUAUUUGAGUGACUACAAUUGUACUAAAACUGAUAUAUUUAUUAUAUGUAUGAAACAAAUAAUUUUGUUUGAAGUAUAAAAAUUAAUGAAUUUUCAUUAUUGUAAUUACUAUUGUUUUUAUAUCUCAACAAAAACAUUUACCUUAGUUUUAUAUUGUAUUACUGUUAGUUAGGGUGAUCUGGAAUGAAAAUUAAUUUUGUUUCAAAUAACCAAUAGUAUAUUAUCAUGUGAUUUAUGAUUGAAUGUUAUUCUGUGUCACCCUUAAAUUUUUACAAAAAGUAUAUACACAUUCCUAGCUCUGAAUUACUUGUCUAAUAAUAAAGAAAUAGUUAUGAGGUGUUGUCAAAAAUUGUUGAAAUACUAUUCAUAAUUCAAUAGUGAAAAAUGUAUUUUUGUUACCUUGUCGUUUUACAAUUUAAUUAAUUUUUACUUUCCUUUGAUUUUAUGUUUUUGUUUCUCAUUUUUGCAUUCUUAUUUUAACAUGUUUAUGAUUAGUAAGUUUUGUAUGUAUUACAAUAAAUUUUAGUAAAAUUA